AUGCAAGAAAAGUUUGACAAAUACUUUAAGAGUUACAAUAUUCUCUUUGCAAUUGCAGUUGUUUUAGAUCCUAGGUUCAAGUUGUCAUACUUGAAGUAUUUUCUUGGCAAUUUAGAUAAACCUGAUGCAAUAGUGAAAUAUGAAAUUAUAGAGAGCACUCUUCAUGAAUUGUAUGCUGAGUACAAAAAUAUGUAUGAUACUGACACAUGUAAUAUGAAAAGGGCCAAUGCAUCCGCUAGUACCAUCAUUGCAACGGAAGAGUAUAAAAGUGUGUCUAGAUAUGUGUUUAGAACAUAUGUCAACUCCGUAUCUUCUGUAGUGGUUAACACAGAUCUAGACAAAUAUUUGUUUGAUCCAAUGAAAGAAAUUACACCUACUGCAGAGUUCAACAUAUUAUCUUGGUGGAAAACAAAUGAAAGCAAAUAUAAAAUUCUAGUAAAGAUAGCUCGAGAUGUGUUAGCUAUUCAUGUAUCUACAGUUGCUUCAGAAUCUGCAUUCAGUAUAGCAGGAAGAAUUAUUAAUGAUUAUCGAUGUUCAACUACUCCAGAAAAUGUUGAAUCGUUAAUCUGCACACAAAGUUGGAUUGGUGAGAAAAAGUCUCUUCCCUCUCUCUCUUACUCUCUCUAUCCCUCCGACUUCCCUGAAUGCUCAAAAAUCCAUCGAGCUUCAUCUGCUACUCCGCAACAAAUCGGAGCUGUUGGAGUCCCAUCAGCAGAUAAUCAGUUCCAUUCAUCCCGAGCAUGCAGAGGCCUUACUGCCAGCAACCCAGAAAACCCAACGUGGAGAGGAAGGAAGAAGAAGAAAGAAAUAAACACCCCCAUCGGUAACAUAAGAGCAGAAAAAUGGGCAUGCAGGAAAAAAGAAGGAAAACAACAAAAAGAAUUGAAGCAUUUGACCAUUCACAGUAGAACAAGUUCUUGUAUACCUGCAGGGAAGUCGAUUAGGACAUCUUUCCUCCUAGGACCUCAAGAACCGCAGGGGAGAAGGAGCAAACGACUUCAGACGGAAAGCAAAGAGACAGCGAGGCUGCAGAGGGAGAGAAGAGAAAGGGAUCAGGGCACCUAUAGGAGAAACAGAAGGAGAGGGGUGAUGCCUUCAGGCAGCUUCGGCGAAGAGGAAGACACAGGGAUGAAGAGCAAAAGGCAGCGAAAGAGAAGCAGCGCAAAUGAGGAAGAGGAAUACGGAGGCCUUCGAUGGAGAGCAGGAGAACAAGAGGCAGCGACAGAGAAGAAUGGAGCUUUGGAAAGAAGGGACCUGGAGAAGGGGGCUUCAGGCGAAAGGGGAAAGACGCGAGGGUUCCGAAGGAAGGGGAAACCGGAGAGAAAAGGAGGAAGAAAUUUUGAGCCCAAACGGCUCAAAAUUUUGUCUGCGGAAAAAAGUAGGAGGUCAGACCUCUGA